AUGACUGAAGCAAUCGAACUAGAAAACUUUCACUCGCAAGCAAUGAGCCACAUUGACGGAACUAAAGACAAGCUCCUUCGAAAUUGGUUUCCUGAAGUUCAAAAUGUCUUCUACGCGUACAACAAAAAGAACGACUCGCUGCAGAAUAUGAAGUCAAAACAGCUGUGUGGCUUUUUUGAGAGUACCGCGACUUUGCUUACUCGCCAGCUUCAAAAUCUCGCACUUGACUCCAUCUAUGACUACAAAACUCUUAUCAAGCAUUCACAGGAGCCAGAUUCAACCUUUUCAUUCGUUAUUCGGCUUGUCAUCGACGGAGAACAGGUGAAAUUCGAGCCUGAAAUGUCCGAUUUCCACCAGUACAUGCGAAGCAUUACCGACGUCAUCGCAUCAGGAGUGAACCAGGUCCCAAGAGUCGAGACGAAGUUGUACUCGGAGAAACCUUUCACAAGCCGCGCUGGUGACACGGGAAAUCUACGACCGAUCAUUCUUCCGAAUAUUGUCAAAGGAGCCAAGGUCAUGAUCGACAGCGUCAUCAAUGAGGCUUCUAAAAAGCCACAAGAGCAUUUAGAAAAAGUUUUAAAGAAGUACAAGCCGCUCAUCUCCUGCGAAGCAAACGAGAAAGUGGACAAGUUUCUAUCUGAAGAGCACACAUUCCGCGAGUACCAAAAGCAAAUAAAGAACUAUCGCGGAGCUUUGAACCAAAUUCUUUACGAAGAGCCCCGAAUAAUUCAGUUCGGCAUGUUCGAGCUUCACAGUUCUGAGCUCAUCAGAAGUCUGUCCAAGCGCGUCGAAGAAAUAAUUGCCAAGUUUGUCGAUCGAAUGAAAGAUGAUCACGUCAAAUUGACUGAAGCACUCUGUUCUGAUUUCGAUGGAAUCUCAAGAAAAGCACUUUCUACGCCGAAAGAUACCGAGGACCUCAUGGCUCUUUCAGAAGAAAUCAAAGCUAUAAGAGCUCCAGGAGGCAAAAUGGCGCAGAUCGAAAAAGAUCUUCGUCAUACAAAAGAUCGCCUUCUCUUUCUUUGUGGAGAGACGCAAAUGGCCCCUCGCGACGUUAGGCUCAAUUCUGAUGUUUUCACCUGGCCAAGCAGGAUUGAAAAGGUCUUCGUCGAUCACGAAAGCAUCAUCGCUGACAAGACGAAUGUGUAUCAGGAUGAGCUGAAAAACAGGCGUGCACGAUUUCAAGAAGACCUCGAAUCCUACCAACGACAACUGGAAGAGUUCAAAGGCUUUGCGGAUCCGAACCAAGUUGACAAAUACCAUCAGAAAGCUCAAAAACUACAGCAGAAGCUCGAUAAGGCUCUCGAGACCAUUGACCAGUUCAAUUUAGAAGAAGAAGCGUAUGGAUGGGAAGUCUCAGCGUAUCCACUGAGAACUGAGGUGUCUCAGAAUUUGGCUCCAUAUGGAAGGCUGUAUGAGACUUGCGCUACAUUUGUGGCGAAUCAUGAUAAGUGGAUGCACGGAGAUAUGACCAAAAUGAACCCAGAUGACAUUGAGCAGGAGGUGAGCGGAACCUGGAGAGCUCUUUAUAAACUGGAAAAAGAACUUGGUGACAAUCCAAAAGCAAAAUCCAUCGCAACGGCGACAAAAUCUAUCGUUGAUGAAUUCAAAGAAAAUCUACCGAUCAUUUCGACAAUUUGCAAUCCUGGUCUGCGCGAACGUCACUGGACUAAAAUGGCAGAAAUAGUUGGUGUUGACAAUUUUGCUCCCGACGAAUCAAGGAUCGUGCUUCAAGUUUAUUGCCAAUAUUGCAAUGUCGAACAGUAUCUCAAAAUGGAUCUUGGAAAAUAUCUCGAACAAUUUGAUGCCGUUUCGGAAUCUGCUUCGAAAGAGUAUUCUCUCGAAAAAGCAAUGGAAAAGAUGAUCAUCGAAUGGGACGAUGUUUGCUUUACCUUGCUGCCUUAUCGAGAGACUGGAACAUCUAUCCUCUCUGGCGUCGAUGAUAUUCAAAUGCUUCUUGAUGAUCACAUUGUCAAAACUCAGACGAUGCGGGGAAGUCCUUUUAUAAAGCCGUUCGAGGAAGAGAUUAAGGACUGGGAGAGCAAAUUGUUGCUCACUCAAGAAGUUCUUGACGAGUGGCUAAAGGUACAAGCAACCUGGCUUUACCUUGAACCAAUCUUUUCCUCGCCCGAUAUCAUGGCGCAAAUGCCGGAAGAAGGACGUCGUUUUACAAAAGUUGAUAAAACCUGGCGAGAAAUCAUCAAAGUCGCCCUUCAAGAUCAGCAUGUUCUAGCUGUUAUUAAAAUUGACAAGCUACUGGAGCGACUGAUUGGCUCCAACCAACUGCUCGAAAUGAUCUUGAAAGGACUCAAUGAGUAUCUCGAAAAGAAACGACUUUACUUUCCUCGAUUUUUCUUCUUGUCAAACGAUGAGCUUUUGGAAAUUCUCUCCGAAACCAAAGAUCCAACUCGUGUUCAGCCGCAUUUGAAAAAGUGCUUCGAGGGUGUUGCGAAGUUGAAUUUCACUGACAUUCUCGACAUUACCCACAUUUUGUCAUCUGAAGGCGAAGAAGUUAAGCUUUCGCAAGAAAUAUCAACUUCGAAGGCAAGAGGUCAGGUUGAAAAGUGGCUUCUGGAAUUAGAAGAGAUCAUGGUUGACUCAGUUUGGAAGGUCUGCGGCGUCGGGUUGGAAACUUAUCCGACUCGGCCAAGAGGCCAGUGGGUCAGGGAAUACCCUGGACAAGCUGUUCUUGCCGUGACUCAAAAAUACUGGACUGAUAAUGUUACCAAUUCUAUCGUCGAAGGUCACGAGGCUAUGGAAAAAUAUUUGGAACAAUGCAACGGGGAAAUUAAUGAGAUUGUCGCACUUGUCCGGGGCAAGCUGAGCAAGCAAAAUCGAGUUACUCUUGGAGCUCUCGUUGUACUCGAUGUUCACGCUCGUGACGUCCUGCAAGUGUUGAUCAACAAGAAGAUUGAUCAGCCGAAUGAUUUUGACUGGCUGGCCCAGCUUCGAUAUUACUGGGAACCGGAUGAGGUCAGAAACGGCGACUACCACUUCGUCACUAGAAUGAUCAAUGCAUACUUGAACUACGGCUACGAGUAUCUCGGAAACUCUGGACGUCUCGUCAUCACACCACUCACCGAUCGAUGCUACAGGACAUUAUUUGGAGCGCUUAAUCUUCAUCUCGGUGGAGCGCCAGAGGGACCAGCUGGUACUGGUAAAACUGAAACAACUAAAGAUUUGGCCAAAGCAGUGGCGAAACAGUGCGUUGUAUUCAAUUGCUCAGAUGGUCUUGACUACCUUGCGCUUGGAAAGUUCUUCAAAGGACUAGCUUCUUGUGGUGCGUGGAGUUGCUUUGACGAGUUCAAUCGAAUCGAUCUUGAAGUACUCUCAGGCCAGUUCAUUGAUUAUUAA